AUGGAUGAUUUGGUAAACAGAACAUGUCCUACAGAAAAUAUGGCGGAUAAUGAUCCAUCAGUUUUCUGGGACAAUGGUCCACAUUGGGAUGGAAAAAUAUCAACGGCAUGUCGUUCGAAUUAUUUUGAUGCCGUUCGAGACUGUUAUGAAGCAUUCGUUAUUGCCGCAUUCUUCGCUCUCCUCACGCAAUAUGUUGAAGAUGCGCCCGAAGAAAACAAGGAAGAGUUGGCCAAAAUAAAAGAGAAAUGCUCAUUUCCUCUUUGGUGUUAUAGAUAUAGACCAACAAAUGAAAGGUUCUUAAAUAUUGCUAAAUGGGGCAUUUUACAAUACGUUGUAUUGAUACCACUUAUUACACUUGCGACCCUGAUUACUGAAGCCACGGGUGUUUAUUGCGCAGAAAGCAUGAGUUUUGCUUUUGCAAAAAUUUAUUUAAAGAGUUUACAGAUUCUAAGUGUCACCGUUGCGAUGUAUGCUUUGAUUGUAUUUUAUUCAGCAAUCAAAGAUGCCAUUGCCUCAGAAAAGCCAUUUUUUAAACUACUUUGUGUUAAGCUGGUGGUUUUCUUUUCAUUUUGGCAAGCUGUUACUCUCUCAAUUUUGGCAAGUGCUGGUGUAAUUCAUGAAAGUCAAUAUUGGACGAAAGCCAAUAUCAGCCGUGGCAUAAAUUCUCUGAUAAUCUGCUUUGAGAUGAUGAUCUUUGCCUUUCUACAUGUUUAUGCAUUUCCAUACAAACCAUUUCGUGAUUAUGGCAAAAGAACCAGAACACCAGUAUUAAAAGGUUUAAUGGAUGCUUUGAAUCCUAUUGAUAUUGUAUGGGAAGUCAUAUUCGUUUCGCAAAAGGUGUGGGAUAUAUAUAAGCAAAGGCAUACUAAAGUAUCUCCUGAAAAAGAUGCAUUUAACAUUCAUCGCGCCAUUACACUCAAACGUCAAAAGCAUAAAUACCAAAAUUUAGAAGAAGCAUAG